UGGUGUUCCCGCCAUUUCUAAUGUUUUGCUCUUUUCCCAGUUUUGAGUUUUAAUACAUUUUUUAAAAGGUUUUUUGAAGAGUUUGGGAUUCCCUUCAUUUUCCGAUCCAGACUCGUUUUCGUCCUCUGUGCUCCACAGACCACCCCUGUGCUCACUUUCACUUUACUCAUUAUCGUAAUUCCAUAUUCCAUGUGAAUACUUUUUUGAUCCACAACCUGUUUUUGAGGACCUGAGAUCUAGAAAGAGGACAAUUUUUCGAAUUGAUAAAAAAGUUUCACAAACGUCCUCAUUAUGGUGUGUACAGAAGUACCUGAUGAUGCUGAGGAACAGGCAAGCAAGAAGAUCAAGACAGAAAUCCAGGCUAACAGUUCUGAAAAUUUCGAGGAAAAUUUCAAAAAUGAAGUGGUUGUUGGUGAAGCCCUGAAAACCCCAGCCAAGGCAAAGUCUGAAAGAUGUGUUCAAUGCAAACAGUUCCUGGACAAUGUACCACUUUACAAUGGACAUCCUAAUCAAUCUAAUGAAGAAUUUGUAGCAUUGACAAAUGAGAAGCUCUCUUUGUUCACAGGGACAGAAGAAAAUAUUCAUGAGAUUGAUGAAAUUCCAACACACCAGAUCACAUACUUUAGCGUUUAUGAUGAAAAAGGACACCUUUGUGCUUUGGAUUCCGGACUUAUCGAGAAAAAUAUCAGACUAUACUCCUCUGGAUACAUAAAACCCGUAUACGAAGAAAAUCCCAUUCCUGACGAUGGCGUCCCAGGAUAUGAUCUGGGACCUAUCAAUGAAUGGUGGACAGCUGGUUACGAUGGUGGAGAAAAGCUCUGUAUUGGUUUCACAACAGAAUAUGCCAACUAUUAUCUCAUGGACCCGUCAGCAGAGUAUCAACCCAUAUUCAAUAAGCUCAAGGAAAAAAUACAAUUGUCCAAGAUCGUUAUUGAGUUCCUUCUUGAUAAAGCUUGGGAAAACCCUAAUUAUGAGGAUUUGGUGCAGCAAGUACAGAGUUCUGGACAGUAUAGAGAUGUUGAAGAUAUUCUUUUGCAGAAUGCACAAUUCAUUUGUGAUCAGGUACUGAAUUAUGAUCAGGCAUCUCCUGAAGAUGAAAAGCCUUUUAUUUCUCUAUCCUGUAUGAGGUCCUUGGUGAAAAUAGCUGGAGUAACAUUCCAGAAACGUAAGAAAGUGAGAAAAACAGAACGCAAAGGCAUUGAGAUUAAGAAAGGGCCUAGUUGGAGCAAAGCUGUAACAACAAAACUGGUGGCGGAUGUUUUCAAAAAUUUUUUUCCAGAUCAACUCGAUAAAAGAGAAGAAACUAAAGGUCCCAAGAAAAAACGAUGUGGAGUUUGUGAGGCGUGUCAAUCACCAGAUUGUGGAGAAUGCAAUCAUUGUAAAGAUAUGUUGAAAUUUGGCGGAACUGGAAAAUCAAAACAAGCAUGCAAACAUAGAAGGUGUCCCAAUAUGGCAAUUUUGGAUGCUGAAUUAUCUGACAAUGAAGAGGAGACUGAUAAUACAAAAGAAGAACCAAAGAAAGAGAAACACAAACAGUUUUCAAAAAGAAUACUGCACAACGUCAAGUGGAAAGAAAAGUCUUCCAUGAAAUAUAAAGGAUAUGAAUGUUAUUCCUCGGCAGUCGUAGGUGAUAUAACUGUAAAGCCUGGAGACUAUGUGAUGCUCAAGUCGGAAAACCCCAAUGAGCCACUUUGCGUGACCCAAAUCAUUCACAUGUAUGAUCAGCUGCCCCAAAGAUUCAUGUUUCAUGGUCAUUUAUUUUGCCGUGGCACUGACACCGUCUUAGGAGAAACUGCCGAUCCCAGAGAGUUGUUUGUAGUGGACGAUUGUGAGGAUUUGCCGCUUGGAAGUAUUGUUCGAAAUGCAGAGGUGGAAUAUAGGAAAGUUCCUGAGAAUUGGUCAAGUGUUGGUGGGGACUUGAAUCUAGAAGAAACUAACGAAGAUGAUGGCAAAACGUUUUUUUACAGUAAAAGGUUCGACGAAAACAGAUUUGUUGAUGUUGAUUUCGAUGUCGAAAACUGGACUGGAGAAUGUUAUUCAUGCAGGCGAAAGUCUGAACAAAAAAAAUAUAAUGCACCCAUCUUUGCCGAAAAUCAUAUUGAAUGGAGAAAUGAGAAAUAUAAAGUUAACACUGCUGUUUUUCUUGAGCCUGAUGUCUAUGCUUUCUUGAAUUUCAAAGAAGAAGAAUCCACUGAGAUCAAACGAGUUGAUGAAAUAUUAUAUCCAGAAUUCUACAGGAAAAAAGCAGACAGUAUAAAAGGUUCAAAUAACGACACAUCAGAUCCGUUCACAAUAGGAGUAAUAGAAGAUUUAGUCAAGCAAAAAAACGAAAUGAAAAUCAAAGUCAGGAUAUUUUUCCGCCCGGAAAACACCAUCGGCUCUGUAGUUUCAGCGCAUACCAACGAUUUGAACCUCUUGUAUUAUACAAAUGAAGUGAUAUUGGUUUCAUUCGAUAGUAUUGUGGGGAAGUGUUAUUUAUCUUUCGGUGAUAAUUUGAAAUCGCCUAGUGACUGGUCCAAGGAAGGACCCUUCAGAUUCUAUUUCACAGAGUUAUAUAAUCCCAAAACUUAUGAAUAUGACGAAGUACCGAUGCGAGCAAAAAACAUUGGAUCAUUAGGAAAAGGCAAAGGUGGAAAAGGAAAAUCCAAAGUCAAGGUUGAGUUACCUGAAUUAGCCCCAGAAUGGGAGUCUCUUGACCGACCUCUUAGGUGUAUGGAUGUUUUUGCUGGUUGCGGAGGAUUAUCAGAAGGAUUUCAUCAAGCGGGCAUAGCGGAACCAAAAUGGGCAAUCGAGAAAGAAAUCACGGCUGCCAACGCAUACAGAUUGAACAACCCGGAUUGCAAAGUCUUCUCGGACGACUGCAACAAUAUAUUGAGGACCGUACUCAGCGGCGAAGGCAAACAGAAGGGACUACCUGGCAAGGGGGACGUGGAAUUGCUGGUGGGCGGACCCCCGUGCCAAGGCUUCUCUGGCAUGAAUAGGUUCAACGCUGGGCAGUAUUCCCUUUUCAAAAACUCCCUCGUUGUUUCUUUUCUCAGCUACUGUGAAUACUAUAGGCCAAAAUAUUUCGUCCUGGAGAAUGUGAGAAACUUUGUGUCAUUCAAGAGAAGCAUGGUAUUGAAAUUGACCCUGCGUUGUCUGCUGGCUAUGGGAUACCAGGUCACUUUUGGAGUAUUACAAGCCGGUCACUACGGUGUUCCACAAACUAGAAGAAGAUUGAUCAUCAUGGCUGCUGCCCCUGGUUUUAUUCUACCGAAGUAUCCCGAACCCCUUCAUGUUUUCAACAAAAGGGGGUGCCAGCUUUCCUUCACUGUUGACGGCUGGCGAUAUUUCAACGGUUGUGAAUGGAAGGAAUCUGCACCGUACAGAACGAUUUGCGUGAGAGACGCAAUGUCCGAUCUGCCAGACAUAAAAAAUGGCUGGAACAAAACGGAAAUGCCCUACGGCGGGGACGCAGUGUCCCAUUUCCAGAAGAUGAUGAGAGGAAGCGAUCAGAAGGAGCUGGUCCACGAUCACAUAUGCAAGGAGAUGUCUGCGUUGGUCGAGGCUAGAAUGUCCCACAUACCUGUCCAUCCGGGUUCGGACUGGAGAGAUUUGCCAAAUAUAUCCGUCAAGCUGAAUGACGGAACGUCUAGCUUCAUAUUGAGAUAUCCAUACUGUACUAAGAAACAGAAAAAUAACGAGCCUCCUAGAGGGGUAUGUCAGUGCUCCACGGGUAGUCCCUGUGAUCCCGCAGACAAGCAAAUGAAUACAUUGAUUCCUUGGUGUUUACCGCAUACUGCUGACCGGCACAACCAUUGGGCAGGAUUGUACGGCCGACUAGAAUGGAACGGGUAUUUCGGUACAACCAUUACCAACCCUGAACCUAUGGGAAAACAAGGAAGAGUUUUACAUCCGGAUCAGAAUAGGGUUGUCAGUGUUAGAGAAUGCGCCCGUUCUCAGGGGUUCCCAGACAAGUACAAGUUUUUCGGAAACAUUUUGGAUAAACAUCGACAGGUAGGGAAUGCCGUACCGCCUCCGUUGGGGGCUGCCGUUGGUAGGGAAAUACGAAAAGCAUUAGUGCAAACUUUUAAUAUUAGAAAUAAAUGAAUUUUAAUUAUGUUUUUAUAAGUAUUGUUUUUAAUUCAAUGUUAACGAGUGCCUUGUAGUUUAUUGUGAUAUUGUUUCCAUAUCUUACAUCUGCUUUGGCAGCAAAAUCCAAAAAGUAUCAGGGCAAACUUCAAUGUUUUGUUUAUUUUGUAGUUAAUUGUUUUUUUAUCUGAUGUUAGGUACUAUGUUCAAAGUGCCUUGUAAUGUUGUGAUCUCAAUAAAAAUUAUUCUUUAUUUCUUA